GCCUCCAUCGUAGUAGCGAGUGAUAAUAGUUUAUGCUUUAACACAGGAGGCUAUCAAUCUAAAGUAGCGAUUCGUACAAGAUCGGAUGUUUACGAAACUGCCCGUGGAAGGUGAUAUUCCGUACGGGUAGACAUGGCGCUGUGCGUGUACUGCCCGAAGGUCUCUCUGCCGACUCUACGAAACGUGUGCCGGGUUGUGCGGUUGUGCUGAGUAUUUUAUGCACUCGUUCAUUUCAUAGAUGUUAGAACGCACUUUAUACAUGUGGUGUGACACGCAGCGACAAUAAUUCAGGAACCUUGCGAUAUGUAUUUUCCUGCGAUGACGAGAAUACUGGGAAACGUCCCAGCUGCCGUACUGCAGUGCGUGCGAUUGCCCCGGCGGUUACUUCAUAGUUUCCCACCACCUUUCGAGUCCAUAUUUAAUAGGGCUGCCUGUUAUCAAGAUAGAUUAGCACUAGUGGGUGUUGAAGGGACGUAUACUUAUUCAAACCUUUUGGCUAGUAGUACUACUCUGCAGGCGCACUUUGACGACGUCCUAAAAGGCUCCGCGAAAGAGCGGAUAUCAUUUCUGUGCCCCAAUACAGUGUCUUAUGUUAUUGCUCAGUGGGCAUGCUGGCUAGGGGGUCAUGUCGCCGUACCGCUUUACUGGAAUCAUCCACGUUCAGUUCUAGAAUAUUACAUAAAAGAUUCCCAAAGCGCGCUCCUCGUGAGCACAAAAGCAUAUGCCGACCGUUUGCAGCCCAUAGCGAAAGAAUUAGAUUUACCGUUGGUAGUCCUUGACGACGAGCUGAACAAAGAAACAUACACAGCAUCGAAACAGAAAACCGAGGAGUGGAAGCGACUAAAGCACAAGGAUGCCCAAAUACUGUACACAAGUGGCACUACAGGACCACCCAAGGGUGUCGUCACAACCCACAACAACCUGUUUGUUCAAGCUUCGGCCAUAAUCAGUGCAUGGGAAUUCAGCUCGUCGGACGCUGUACUCCACACACUGCCCCUGCAUCACACACAUGGCAUAGUGAAUGCUCUGGUGGCUCCCCUGUAUGCUGGAAGCACUUGUGUUAUGCUGCCGAAGUUUGAAGCAGCUGAAAUAGCAACUGUUUUACAGGUAUGGAACUAUCUCAUUGAACCUCCAACAAGAGGGCCUCGAAUCAAUGUUUAUAUGGCAGUCCCAACAAUCUAUGCAAAGCUUGUACAACAUUACGACAAAAUGUUUUCAAGCAGUGCUCCCUUCUCCAGAAGCAAAGAAUUCAUCCGUGCAGCUUGCACACAAAAAAUCAGGUUGAUGGUGAGUGGGUCAGCAUCACUUCCACUUCCUGUGUUUGAGCGCUGGAAAGAAAUAACUGGGCAUACAUUACUGGAACGUUAUGGAAUGACAGAAAUUGGAAUGGCACUCACAAAUCCUCUUCAUGGAAGACGAAAACCUGGAUGUGUAGGCAAGCCAUUCCCAGGUGUCAAAGUCUGUCUUGCAAAGCCAAAUGCCUAUGCUGCAACAGGUUAUGAUGUGAUUUUGACUGGCGAUGAGUAUGGAACUAAAGUUGUCAAAGGAAGUGAAAAUGACUCUGGUGACCUUCUUGUAAAAGGGCCAAAUGUCUUCAAGGAAUACUGGAACAAACCAAAGGCUACUAAGGAGGCCUUUACAAGUGAUGGCUGGUUUAAAACGGGAGACACUGCUGAAUACAGAGAUGGAGCAUACAGGAUCCUGGGUCGCACAUCAUCAGACAUUAUCAAAAGUGGGGGCUACAAGAUUAGUGCUUUGGAUGUAGAACGUCACCUUCUAGCACACCCAGAUAUCCAAGACUGUGUUGUGGUUGGCCUGCCAGACAUUACCUGGGGUGAGAAGGUGGCAUGUGCAGUCGCUCUGCGAGACUCGGCAACUGAACUAACUCUACAGGAGCUGCGUGAAUGGAGCAAAGCUCGAAUGGAAGCAGCCAUGAUUCCAGUGUUACUGCAGGUUGUUCAAGAAAUACCACGAAAUGCUAUGGGCAAAGUGAACAAGAAGGAUAUUGUGUCUAAACUUUUUGCAAGUUCUUAGUACAAUGUUAAUUUCUACGUUUGUAUGUUAGUUUUAUGCAUUAUUGAAUGUGAUGGCAUAUUUUACAGCAUAAAAUGCAUGUUCACCCAAGAACAAACAAAAAAUCACAGGGCGCAUUGUGCACGUGUGAUGAAUUUUUUAAUUUAAAACGUGUAGCCAUGUGAUGCAGUUGGUAGGGUUUGGUAAUCUUGUCAAGUUCAAGCUCUGCACAUAUCAAGCUGCUGCUGUGUAGUGGCAAUGCCAAGUGAUGCCAGACAAGGUGUAGUUUUGGAAUAAAGGUUUUCUUUUGUUUA